AUGGACCAACUCAAGAAAGACUUACCAUGGACCAAGGCGCCGCUGGUAUGCGUCGCGCCCAUGAGGUUGAUCGCCCUGGCAAGUCUCGCAACAGAAGUGUCAAAAGCCGGAGGUCUAGGCUUUAUAGGAGCAGGAAGUGAUGCUUCGACCUUGGAGUCAAUGCUCGAAGAGGCCACGCAGCAAGUGGCUACAUCAGAAGUGUUGAAAGAAGUCGAGAAUAUGCUGCCAAUAGGGAUUGGUUUCUUGUUGUGGGCCGGCGAGAAAUUACUGAACGAGGCUUUACCAUUGAUAACGAAGUACAAGCCAGCUGCGAUAUGGCUGUUUGCACCACGGGAGCUGGGCGACUUUGAGCUAUGGUCCAGAGAAAUCAGGAGGGUGACAGACGGCAGAACGAAGAUUUGGAUCCAGAUUGGCCAAGUUGCUGAAGCGUUGGUAGUCACAAAGACGUGUCAACCAGACGUCCUCGUCGUACAGGGGCAAGAUGCCGGUGGACACGGUCUGGAGCAGGCUUCUGGACUGGUGUCGCUCGUGCCAGAGGUAGACGAUGCCGUCUCGGAACUGGCUCAAAGCAAAGGGAUCAAGAAGCCCAUCAUUAUUGCCACUGGAGGCAUUAUGGAUGGUCGUGGAGCAGCAGCUGCAAUCGCCCUCGGGGCAUCUGGCGUCACGCUGGGCACGCGUUAUCUCGCUGCACCAGAAGCGAACAUUACCAAAGGCUACAGAGAUGCCGUGCUCGGUGCAUCAGACGGUGGCGUGUGGACGAAACGGACCAAGCUCUACGAUACACUUCGCGGCACGAGAGACUGGCCCGCACGGUAUGGCGGACGAGGUGUGCUUAAUGAAACUUACUUCGAUUCCGAGAAAGGCAUCAGUCUGGAGGAGAACCAGAAGUUAUACGAUGAGGCGCUGAAGAAAGGCGACGAAGGCUGGGGGACCAAUGCUCGGCUUGCGACAUACGCCGGUGCAGGUGUCGGUCUUGCGAAAGGCGUCAAGCCAGCCGCGAGUAUUACGGAAGAGGUUCGUGAUGACGCGAGACGCAUACUGAAGCAGAUUGCUGUAGUAGGGAGUCUGUGAGCUGACCACAGUCAUGGGUUUGCCUCCUCUCAUCUUUCCAUAUCUUCCACUAUGGCGUUCCCUUCUGCGUACUCUCUGCUCCUACUCUCGCGAGUAGUGCAAACCAUUAAUCUUCGUCUCUCUCCUUUAGCAAAACAGUGCCGAGCUCGGAUCGAUAGCAUGGAACUUGAAUCCGUAUCAGUCACGGAGUGUCGAAGUCCCCCUGCAUGUUCCGAUGACCAGGACAUACCCAUAUUCAACCAAGCAAGACAAAAAAGCUGCCCGUAGAUACAACGUCUCGACCACACAAGCCAUGAUGAUAUCCAUAGCGAUCACGCACACAAGCAGCAAGCACCACAACUACUUUCCACCCACUCCCCUCUCCGGUACAUUCUCCCACGCCUCCUC